GUCACUCCUCUCCAGCUCCACUUUAUGACUUUUGGAAAUGUCUUUUUAACACUGCCAGAGCAGAGGAAUGUCUCUGAACAGCAGUGAGGAAGAGGAGGGAAGCAGCUAUGACAGUGCAGAUGGAAGAUAUCCACCAUGUUGCCCGUCUGGUCUCGUCCCUGCUAAACUAACCAUCGUGGUUGGAGACACCCACUUCUCAGAGGAAAAGAUGCUUCUUGUGCAGAGCUGCGACUAUUUCCGGGCGCUGUAUCGCUCUGGGAUGAAGGAAUGCCGACAAGAUGAAAUCCACCUCAAGUGUCUGCGUGCUCGGGGCUUCUUUCUUGCACUGGCGGUGCUUCGAGGGGAGAAGCCAGCGCUGGAUGGCGAUGAUAUUGUUGAAGCCAUUGAAUGUGCUGCUUUCUUACAAGUUGAACGACUCACCCAGCAUCUCAUCAACCUCACUGACUCUGACAACUGUUUGUUAAUGUAUCACACGGCUGCAACCUUCGGACUCAUGGAGCUUUACCACGCUGCAGCGCUCUUUAUCAGAAACAUGUACACCGACCUGGAGGCGGAGGUCAGGAAAUCCCUUCCAUCGGAGCUGAUUUCCUAUGUGGAGUCUUUGACACCGAGUGUUUUUGUUGCUGUUGGAGCCCACGUGACUUGUGGCGGGGUUGAAACUAUCCAUGCUGCCUCCAGGACGGUCUGCUACCUUGAUGAGACGGCGAAUACCUGGAAGGUACUGACAGAUCUUCCACUUGAGGCUAGCACCUCCAUGGCUGGAGUGACUGCUCUAGAGAACAAACUCUACAUCAUCGGAGGAGUUCACGGACUUCACAAACAGGUCGUGGAUGCCUGUUUCUGCUAUGAUGUGAAAGAAAACAGCUGGGGCAGGAUCUCCAGCCCGGCACAGCUGCGAUACAAUCUGAGCCUUCUAGGUGUAGACAGUCAUCUUUAUGCCAUCGGAGGAGAAUACGAGCGAACGGUUAUGUCAUCUGUAGAAAUCUACGAUGUUAAGACAGGAAGGUGGAAGUUUGCAGCACACUUACCUCGACCUGCAGCAGGAGCAGCGUGCACUAAAGCCAUGAGCAGGAUAUUUGUGUGUUUAUGGAAGCCGAUGGAGACGACAGAGAUCUACGAGUACAUCUCCAGAAGAGAUGAGUGGCGCCUUGUGACCACGCUGAUCAGGCAACAGAGUUACGGUCACUGCAUGGUCGGCCACAGAGACUGUCUGUACGUCAUGAGAAACGGGCCGUCCGACGACUUCCUGCGAUGUCUCAUGGACUGUUACAGCCUGAGCUCGGGACAGUGGACGUCUCUGCCGGGACACUUCGCCAACAGCAAGGGUUCUCUGUUCACAGCCGUGGUGAGAGGCGACUCUGUGUUCACGCUCAACAGGAGCAUGACUCUGGAGUACAUCGUCGAAGGAAAGAACUGGAAACCAAGACGGCAGAUGAAGGGUUUCCCUAGAAGUGGAUCUGUGUGGACGUUUAUGCUGCAGCUUCCAGAAAACCUCAUGCUAAAGUAAUCGAGUCUUUUCCUUUACUUUCUAAGUGAAUGCCAACAGAUUUUUAUACAUCAAACAUGUAUUUUA